UGCAUCUGUGUCGUCACUGUAGAAAGCCUGGGAGUGGCAGGGAGGAGGAGUUGAAGUGGAGAGGCAAAAAAGAGGAAGGAAUAGAACAAGAAGGUUGAGGAGCGCCGAACGAAUCAGGGAUUCCCUGAAUAUUUUCAGCUACAAGCAUCCUGCAGCCUACAGCAGCAGCAUGGCCGAGAGUUCUGUGUCUGCAGCAGAGGUGGAGACGUCCUUCCAGAAGUUUGCCAUUCACGGAGACACCAAGGCGACGGGGAAGGAGAUGAAUGGCAAGAACUUUGCAAAGAUCUGCAAGGACUGUAAUAUCAUCGACGGCAAGAACGUCACCACCACAGAUGUUGACAUAGUCUUCAGCAAAGUCAAGUCCAAAUCAGCUCGGGUAAUCACAUUUGAGCAGUUCAACCUGGCCCUGACUGAGCUGGCCCCCAAGCGGUUUAAAGGCAGUAGCAAAGAGGAGGCGCUGCAGCUAAUUUAUGGUCUCAUUGUUGGCAAGGAGCCUGCCAAUGCUGGAAUUACUAGAGCAGCAAAGGUAGCGGCUGUGGACAGAUUGACCGACACGACCAAGUACACAGGAACACACAAGGAGCGAUUUGACGAUUCGGGAAAAGGAAAGGGAAAAGUCGGACGUGAGGACAUCCCAGACACAAGCGGCUACGUCGCAGCUUACAAGGGUAGCGGCACUUAUGAAGAAAAGGUGAAGGAAUCAUAAUCCUGAAGAUUUGACUGUAUAAUAUUCCAUUAACUGAAUGUGGUCUUUAUGUACCGUAUUUUCCAGACUAUAAGUCGCUCUGGACUGGUAUUUAUGAUCAAGCUAUCAUCAGAGUGAGCAUUUUUUUAGGAGUGUCAUAGCACUGCUCAUAACAACAUUAAAUUCACAAUAGAAACAGACAAAGCCAGAGUGAGGGGGCAAUGUUUACACCAUCAAAGAGACAAACGACAGCUACAAAAGCUGAAAUAAGUUACAUUUUAACCACAUAGAUACACUAAAAACUUAUGUUUAAUAAAUGUCAGAAUGUUCUAGUAGAAGACACUUGUCUUCUACAUUCUAAAAGUUGUAUUUUAACACCAAAACUUUUGUUUUUGUCUUCCCAAAUGAAGUAAAAAAGACUGAAAAUCAUGUGUGUAUUUAGUUAAUGGCUGACAACAGCUACAAUCUCGAAGCUAGACAUAAUUAGUGCCCUAAUUAAACAACACUGCUGUCCAAAAUAUGACAUUUCUCAAUCCACACAGGUAUUAUAUGAUUAUAGUUGCACAGUACUUACAGACACUGUCUCAAGGCAGAAGAAGUGUAUUAGAAAUUAUUCUGUAACAAAGUGUUAUCAUUCAAUUUGUGUUUUUUCUUAAAAAAAAAAAAAAAGUGUGACUUACAGUCUGGAAAAUCCGAUUUGAAAAUUAAACAUACAUCUACUCUUAUUGGUCAGCAUAGAAAAUGCACUUAACUGUGCCUUAUUAUACAAAUGUUUAAACACAUGAUGUUCUUACAUUUACUGUGCAUUGCCAUGGAUGAGACGUUAGAAAACACAGGCUCUUUACUGUGGAAAUACACUACGGCCUGAGAUGAUAAGCAUUGCCUCAGUGUUGUGUAGGCACUGGAGUCAAAUUACAUACGACAGAGCCUAUUGUUGCUGCAUUGUCACACUUGAGCCAUGCACAGUUGCGCUGCCCCCAUGCAUUGUAGCUACACUGUCUGCAAUAGUAGUAUUAUUUCAUACAUUUAAAAUAGAUGUUGAGCAUGUAAUACUCUGUGACCUCAUAAAUACUCCUUUCUUGACUGUGAAACUAACCAAAUUUGUUAAUGAUGCAAAUGUUGUAACUACAUUUCAAUAAAGUAAUAAUUACUAUCACAUUGUUCAAACUGGCCGUGUUACUGACUUAUUUUAUGUGACAGAAACACAAGAGUAGUGUUUUAAUCUGGAUUUUUAUGCAUGUUUAAAUGUCUAAGGCACUCCAUUAAGAUUAAAAGAAAAUGGCUCAUCAUUUAUC